AUGUAAUAAACUACAUCAAUUAGUCAAAGAAUUGCUACUUUAUUUCAUAAUGUAUUAAUGACAUACAUAUUUUAACACAGAUUAAGGGAAUUUACAAAAAUGAUCCUUCAGCUAUUGAAAUAGAAGGAUAAAAAGAAUUCAAAGAAUAUGUCGAUUAUUUAUUAGAUAAAGGUAUGACAAUUAAUAAUUUACGAUUGGCUUAAUUUAAAACUAGAAACAAUUUAUCUUAUUUAGGAUUAUAAAGUAUAUUUUAUAUCAAUAAAAUACUUAGCAAUUGAUAAAAUUGAAAAAGAUUCCAUUCUUGUAUCAGUUCCAAAACAAUUAAUGUUAACAACUAAAAUUGCAUACUUUUCUGAGAUUCAAGAAAUCUUUGAUGCCUUUCCUUAAUUUUUCAGUUAACAUUGUGCUGGAGGAUGGUAAGAUAGGAUUCUACUUACCUAUAUUUUAUAUCAAUCAUAAUUAGGAAGGUAUUCAUUAUCUUAUUACAUAUUUAUUUAGAUAAUCUUAAUGGUAUCAUUUAAUAUCCAAUUUACCAAGAGAUAUUGAUUAUUUAAUCUUUUGGUCUGAAGAAGAAUUUAAACUAUUGAAGGAUGAUAAACUUGUUUUAAAGGCUAAAACAGAAUUACAAGAUUUCUUAAUAAUUUAAAAAACUUUAACACAUAUCUUAGACUAAUAUCCUUAAUAUUUUAAAAAAGAAACAUAUUCUUUUGAAAAUAUCAAAUGGAUUUUUAUUCAUUUGGUUAGUAGAUGUUUUGGAUCUACAUUAGAAUAAGUUGCAUUUGUUCCAUUUUGUGAAAUGUUUAAUCAUGAAAAUACUGAUGUUAGAUACAAAGGUUAAUAUUUAGAAGACAAUUUAAAUAAACCUAAAGAUGAUGAAUAAUAAAAUUGUAAUGAAUCAGAUGAAUCAGAUGGAGACAGUGAUUAAUAUGAUUCAGAUGAUUAUUAAUUUCCUAAUGAAAUCUUAGAUUAAAUCAAAAACUAUAAAUAAUAGAUUCCAAAAUAUAAAUAAAUUGAAUAAGAGUUAACUUUAUAUUAAAAUUAAGUAGAUUUUUAAGAUCCUGAUGCUGUUUAAAAAAUGAGACUUUUUCAAGAAAAAUGUAAUAAUAGAAUCGAUCUAUAAAUUUAAUAUUUGAAAAAUAAAAGAUGGUUUUAAGAGAAUCUAAAUUUAAGAGAUAAUUUUACAAUUAUUUUUGUAUCUAAAAGUCUUGAAUACAUUUAAGAAUUAAUAAAAUAAUAUGAAACUGAUAUUUUGACUUAUGAUUAAGUAUCAUCUCUUCUCUAAUCAGUUUUAGAUAAUUCAGAACUCUAUUUGUAAAAUAUUAAAUAAUACUCUCAUGAUAAAAUUAGAGUCAAAAAUUAUUAACUUAAAUAAUUUGAAAUUCCAGAAUAACCCUAAACGAUUGAAAACAUUGAGGAAAUGUUAUAAGUUAACAUUCCUGAUAAGUUCAAACCUUUUUAAGCCAAAGAAGAUUGGAAGGAAGAUUAAUUUGAUAAUUUUGUGAUCAAAUGUUCAAGCAAGGAUGAAUUUGAAAAAGGUGCCUAAGCAUACUUUUCAUAUGGAACAAUUUCCAAUAGAUCCUUAUUAUUGAGAUAUGGUUUUACUCUUGAAUAUAAUAUGUAUGAUUAUGUAUAUGUGAGAUCAUAAUAUAUAUAACACAUACCUUAUGCAACUGAUAUUGCUGAUGUAAGUAAUUAUAAGUAUUCUUUUUAGUAUUUCUAAUUGGCCAAGGUUAUGAAAUUCAAAAUUAAAUAUACAAGGAUUAAUGAGGAUUUAUUAAUGUAUUUUAAAGUGUUAAAUUGGUCAUAUGAGUAAGGAAUAGAAUAUUUAUUUGAUGAUUAAUAUGAUUGUAUUGUCAUUGAUUAAGCUUUAAAUUUGAUAAAAUCAUAUCACACUGAAAAUUUCAAAGAAACCCUAAAAAGUUAAUAAGAAAAGCUCACAGAUCCAAAGUUAAAUUAUCAUGAUUAUUUUGCUUUGAUUUAUCAUGUUGAAUAAUAGAGAAUAAUUGAAGCUUAAUUGGAGGCAUUAGAAAUGUUGAAAUGCAAGAUUGAGGAAAAAGAAUUUGGUUAAUAGUAAUUUGAAUGGACUUCAUAUUUGGUUGAAAGAUUUAAAAUUUGAAGAUUAUACAAGC